AUGCAACUUCAUCCCAACACCGACCUCACUACUUAUACCACACCUUCCUUCCAAUCUCCUUUUCCUUCCCCGCUCUCCACCAUCACUCAAAGCCGGCUGGCGUCACCCCCAAGCCCACCUAGAACACCAGCGUCCCUCCCCGACACACAUCCGAAAUAUUUUAUCGAUUCGAAGCAUUUCCCGCGCAAAGACUGGAAGAAUGGCAAAGGGAACGCCGUCGAUACGAAGUCAGCAUUUGCGAGCUGGGCUGUCUCCAUCAUUAAUCAGAAUCGGAAGGCCUAUAGGCAGAUAAAAUUUGGGCUGCAGGCCACGUACAACGAGGCGAGCAGGUGCCACCCCCACGAGACGCUGACCACCAAUGUAAGUUUAAUCAUUUUGAGGGCAGAUGGGAGAAGUGGGUGGCGGAUGAGGAGAAGAUGGUUGUCGGGCGGCAAACGUGGAGUAGGGAGGAUUGUAAUUUGA